AUGUAUGAACCGAAAUAUACGUACCGAAAUGUAUACCAUUCUAUAUUCAUCAAUUGUGAAGGGAGGAAGACGAAGUUUGAUGGUCAUACAUAUGAAGAGGACUUGAGCUCUUUCGGACCAUCAGACUUCGUUUCGUCGGCUCAAAAGUGGGGCUACAGCAGUACCGGAGUGGACAUGAGCAACCUCGAUGCAAAUUACAUUGCAACAUCUUUGAACAUUACCGGGCCGGAUUUAUAUCGAACAGCGCGCAUUGCCCUUCUUUCACUUAAGUACUAUGGCCUUUGCAUGCUCAAAGGCAACUACAAAUUGCGGCUCUACUUUUCCGAGAUCAUGUUCACGGAUGAUCAAACAUUUAGCAAUCUCGGAAAACGCUUGUUUGACAUCUCAAUUCAAGGGAACUUGGUUUUGAAAGACAUCAACAUUAUGGAAGAAGCAAGAGGUGUUGGUAAGGGCAUUGUCAGAGAGUUUGACAAUGUCACCGUUAUUGGUAGCACACUGGAGAUCCACCUAUAUUGGGUAGGAAAAGGGACGACUGCCAUUCCUUAUACAAGUGUCUAUGGGCCUCUUAUAUCAGCCAUUAGUGUGACGCUAAACUUUGAACCUCCAAAAAAAAAUUUAAGCUACGUAGAGCGUGUUAGGAGUCAUGUGCCUAUAGGCACAAUGGUAGGAAUUGGAUGCGCAAUAGCAGUCGUCAUCAUCGCCAUCGUAUUACUAGCACUCGUUAUUCUUUGGAAGAGAGGCCUCCUAGGCCGACAAAAAAAAUUGGAGGAUGAUUUGAAAGGUGUGGAACUACAAACUCGCAAGUUUACCUUUACGCAACUCAAAGAUGCCACAACCAACUUUGACCAAUCCAAUAAGAUUGGUGAAGGUGGUUUUGGUACUGUUUAUAAGGGCAUUCUUGUAGAUGGAACCCUAAUUGCUGUUAAGCAGCUUUCUUCCAAGUCAAAGCAAGGAAAUCGGGAAUUUGUUAAUGAGAUAGGCAUGAUUUCUGCCUUGCAACAUCCUCACCUUGUAAACCUAUAUGGAUGUUGCAUUGAUGGAAAUCAACUAUACCUUGUCUAUGAGCACAUGGAAAACAAUAGUGUUUCUCAUGCUUUGUUUGGGGCAGAAGAAAGUCAGUUGAAGUUGGAUUGGCCAACGAGGCAUAAUAUAUGUGUUGGCAUAGCAAAAGGUUUGGCUUACCUUCACGAGGAAUCAAGCUUGAAGGUUAUCCAUAGAGAUAUCAAGGCCACGAAUGUGUUGCUUGAUACACAUCUUAACCCGAAGAUAUCGGAUUUUGGGUUGGCCAAACUUGCCGAAGAGGAUAAAACACAUAUAAGCACCCGUGCUGCUGGAACUUUUGGAUACAUGACACCAGAAUAUGCACUUCGGGGUCAUCUCACAGACAAAGCAGAUGUCUACAGUUUUGGAAUUGUUGUACUGGAGAUCAUCAGUGGGAAGAAGAACUCAACUCAGCAGACAAAUGCAGAGGGAUUUUAUAUUCUUGAUUGGGCGCAUGUUCUCAAAUCAGAAGGGAAUUUGAUGAACUUAGUGGAUCCAAAGUUGAGUACAGAAUUCAACAAUGAAGAGAUAAUGGCUACAAUCAAUGUGGCUCUCCACUGCUGUAAUUCCACUUCGAAGCUUAGACCCACAAUGUCUGCAGUUGUGAGUAUGCUCGAAGGUAAGGUUGCAGUUGAAGAGUUUGUCUUGGACCCCAAUCCCUCGACAAGUGAUGAGAUGGACCCAAUGGUGAAGAAACUUUUCCAAUUCUGUUUGAGAAGGGGCGCUGGGUCAGUUGAAAGGCUAUCGGAUGAUUCAUUUGCAGCUUUUGAUGAUAUCCAUCCAUUCAAUCCUCAUUCAGGUCGCCAAGACUAUAGAAAAGGCAGAAAAUGGCACAGUUUUUAGGGAUUUGAAAAUUUGAAAUCACUACUGUCUUCUCUGGCAACAAAUGUCCAACUGCAAGUAUAUACAUUUUCCUGUGUGUGAUGUUCACGUCCAAUUAAUUAAAUGGUGCAAAAUCCCAUACAAAUUUCUUAGUUCUAUGGCACUAAAGAUGAAAGCUAAGUUUGACAAGUACUGGAGCAAGUGCAGUUUGGCUUUGGCAAUAGCAGCGAUCUUGGAUUCGCCGAUCCAAAAUGAAGUUGAUGGAGGACUACUACUCUCAAAUAUACGGUAGUACUGCUCUGGACAGGAUUAAGGAAGUUUCCAAUGGACUCACGAACCUUUUUAAUGCUUAUUCAAUUUGCUCAGGAAUGGUUGAACAAGUUACAGCUUUGCGUGGCAGCAGCUUACCCAGUACCAGCACUGAUAGUAGGGAUCGAUUGAAGGGAUUUGACAAACCUCUCAGAGCCAAAACAUGAUAUCGGACAUGGACAAGUAUCUAGAGGAUCCAGUCUUUCUACACGCUUGUGAUUUUAAAAUAUUAAAUUGGUGGAAGGUCCACACGCAAAGGUAACCUAUUUUGUCCAUGAUGGCAAGUGACUUUCUGGGAACUCCUAUGUCAACUGUUGCACCAGAACCAGCAUUCAACGUGGUGGUAGAGUGCCUGAUGAAUGUCAAAGCUUACUGAAUCCUGACACUCAGAGAGGCUUUGGUCACUCAGAGAGGCUUUGGUGUGCAUACAAGAUUGGUUGCAGGU